AUGACUGCACCUAUUCGCGUUCUUGUUACUGGCGCAGCCGGUCAAAUUGGAUACUCUAUUGUACUUCAAAUCGCCAAGGGAGAUGUCUUUGGGAAGGAUCAGCCUCUUGUAUUGGUUUUGCUUGAUAUUCCUCCGAUGAUGAGUGCUCUUGAAGGCGUACAAUACGAAUUGAUGGACUGCGCUUUACCAAUCUUGAAAGAAGUCAUUGCUGUCACUGACGAGAAAAGUGCUUUUACUGAUAUUGAUUACGCUUUCUUGGUUGGUGCCAUGCCCCGUAAACAAGGCAUGGAACGUAAAGACUUGCUUGCCGCUAACGUGAAAAUUUUCAAAUCUCAAGGUCAAGCGCUUGCAAACUUUGCAAAACCUACGACUAAAGUAAUCGUUGUGGGCAACCCAGCAAACACAAAUGCACUUAUAUGCGCUAAGUAUGCCGCUCCGAAAGUUCCUGAACGUAACUUCUCUGCUAUGACUCGCCUUGACCAUAACAGGGCAACUGCUCAAAUCGCACAGAAGUGUGGUGUUGGUAUUGCUGAUGUGAAGGAUGUAAUUAUUUGGGGCAACCACUCUAGCACGCAAUAUCCGGAUGUUCGACACGCAAAAGUCACUAAGGACGGCAAAACGAUGGAUGCAUACACUGCCGUUGGAGAUGAUGCCUAUUUGCAGGGUCCCUUCAUAAGCUGUGUACAAAAACGUGGUGCUGAUGAGUGGGUCUCGAUGGCAGUUCCGUCUGAUGGAUCUUACAAUGUGCCAAAAGGUUUGGUAUUCUCUUUCCCUGUAACAAUCGAGAAUGGUGAAUGGAAGAUUGUUCAAGGUUUAAGCUGGGAUGAUUUUGCCAAAGAGAAGAUCGCUAUCACUCAGAAGGAACUGGAAGAGGAACGAGAUGAAGCUUUGCAGGCUUGUGCUUAA